CUUGAAUUAACUUUAAACAGAUUAGUAUAUAAUAAUAAUAAACAACUUAUUACAUAACAAAAUACAUUACCUGAUAUAGAAGUGAACAAGACUGAACUUCAAACUAUAUUGUGUAUAAUAAUAUUGAAUAAUGUAACAAGAAAGAUUCCGUAUUAAUAUAAAUGUCAGUUAUAUUUAAUGCAAAAUAAUAGAAACUAUUUUGUAGCAUCAUGAAAUACUUUAUCUAUGUUAUAAUCACAAUGAUAAUUGGAGUCACCUUAUCUUACACUGUCAAGGAUGUGGAUAUGUCGAACAUAGAAGAAUCGGUUAAUUACCAAUCAAACGACAAUUCCACUUGUUCUAUGUGUAUACAAUAUAUUACCAAAUGGCAAACAUAUUUAAACUCAACUUCAGUGGAUGAACAGAUUGAAAAAUAUAUUAAAUCAACUUGCGCAUUUUAUUUAUUUUUCAGACAUCAGGUAAACUAGAUUUUGUUGUUGUUGUAUUUAUUCAGUUGUCAUGCAAAUGAUUUUACUCUUAGUUUUAGUUAUCUACCAUUUUAACACACCAACUGUAACACUAUCAACAUUUAACAACAAGUGGAUCAAUUCGUUUCGCUAAAAUGUGAAUUAGAGAACAUAGGAAAUAACAACUCAACAGAUGUUGCUAUUAAUAUGUCUGUAACUAUGACAGACCCUGGAAAAUGAUUUUUUCAUUGUAAUUGGUCAGUGUUCAACUGGAUAGAGACAUUUAAUCAAUGGCAUAUCAUUAUUGUCGAUAAUGUUUAGCUAAUACAGCUUGAGAAUUCUAUACACCCAGCAUUCUAGUGUAAAAUGCGAAUAUUCCUAUUAGGCAUUAGGAAUUUAUCAUAAGUUUCAAAAUUUGUCACUGACGCCAAAAAACAUUGUCUAAGAGUAGAUUACAGAUUUCAACAUGCUAUUUGUGAAGCUGCUGUACAAAGUCAGUGUAUGGAAUUUCUACUUAAAAAUCCAAGUACUUACUGUGGAACUUCUGUAUAUUUUAUUUUAAUGGAGUAUCGACUAACUUGCAAUUCAGAAUUGCAGGUAAUACCAUAUUACAAUAAUAAGUUUGAAAUUUGGAAGAUUUCAACUGAUAUAUCGUGAUACAGGGGUUUUCUGAGUACUUCGCAAUAAGACAAGAUAUAAGCCAGAUAUCAUUUAUAUUUUCUUACAAACAGGACUCAUAUAAAUGUAAAUCAAUGAUUUUAAUAUAAUUCAUAAUUUACUGACUAACUGGUGAACCAGUGAGGUAACUAUGAAAGCCGAUGGACUAAACUGCAAAGUUGUAUGAACGGUUAAUAGUUUGAAUAAGCCAACCAAUUUGUAAAACUGGCCUCCUUAAGUAUAAGUGCUAGGUUAUGAGUUCUAUUACAAUUAUCUUUGUAAUCAUUAUGUUGAUGGUGAAUAUUCUUGUAAAAAUCUUCAUUCUGUUUGAUGUAGUUUUUAGUGUUAUUGUUGGUUGUCACAUAGUUACAGAUCAUAGAGACGUCCUAUGACCUAAAACAUUUACGUUAUAAGAAUUAGUGCAAGUGUAUGCUUGAGUACAAUAUAUAAACUGAGUCUUAAGUUGAGCUGGAUGGUAAUAAUUAAAAGCGGUAAUUAAGAUGAGUUCUACCAAAGUACCGUGAGGCAAUAUAUAAAAAAAAGUUGAACACGGGAAAAUAUCUAAAUCAAAAAUAUAACAAUAUAAACGGAUAAUUAUUAAAACCUACUACACACUACUGACAAACACAAAACAAGGUAUCACUUAAUAUCAACCCAUGGGUAACCCCUGGAACACUUUCAAAGGCAUAGUCAGGAUUAUAAUUUGCCAUUCUUGUCCAUUCAUUAAGUCAUAUGGCAUCAUUCAACGGAAACCUUUCCCACUGAUACAUAUAUAUAAACAAUCUUCACUUAUAUUUAUUAUCUAUGUUUUUUUUCUUUUGUUAGCUUAUACGAAAUAGGUUAAUGUAUUUGUUUUCAGUAAACUGUUUUUUAAUCACCUAAAGAUCAUUUUUACAGGGCUGAUGUAAAGAUAGAAUCAGGAUAACACUUCUGGACAUUGCCAGGGUCAUAACACACAAAAGCACAACGAUCAUACUUUGAGAAUUCAUAUAUUUCAAUGUAAACGGAAUUCGUUAAAAUAGGACCGAUAUUAUAACUGGAUUAAAUUUGAUAAGUGAAUCAAGUUAGAAAUUUCAUUAUUAACUUCUUUUCCUAGUUCAACCUAUAAAGAUUGAUUCGAACUACUGAGAAAUAGAAAGAUAUGUUUUAGCAUGAGUAUGUAUAAGUAUUAUAUCCGGACGAGGAUAAAUGAAUGGUAAACGUUAGAAAUUACGUACGGACUAACAUUAUACUCAUAUUCCUAUUUUAUGACUAAUAUUAAAUGACUAUAUUAUAUGUACAUUCAUAUUCCUUUCAUUAUAGGCUUUUAUUCGACCUAAUGGCUAUUAUUAUAUGAUUUACUAUUCUCAAUCUAUUAGUCACAGUCUCUCAUAGUCAUAGCCGCUUUUUGGUUUGAACUUGUACAAAUGUUAUUCUCUGCUUUAUGGUGUGAUGUAGUCUGAUUUGCUUGUAUAUAGACCAAGUAUUUUCGAAAUAUAUGGUUCGUAUCUUGGAGGUCGAGAUUGACGUUCUGGACUAAAUAGACAGGGUAAGACGGACAAAGGACCAAUCAGAACUCUGGGCUGCUCGUACAGGUGUAUGUGUCAUUAGUUUGAUCGUAUAAGUCAGCGUAUCUAAACAGGCAAUCGUAUUUCAUGAUGUCAUAAAGAUCAGGUCAUAAAGUUUCCCAUAAAAGUGAUCUUUUAAUUACGUGUUCGAGGCGUUACUAAAAGUUUAAUUUAUAAACGUUUAAGUUCUGAAAAUGUCUAUUAACUUUAUGGCAUUAUGACAAUUAUUUCCAAAGGUAUAUUCAUUACUUUAGUAAAAUGUUUAAUUUGUUUUAGAAAUUAUUUGACUAUUUUAUUUUUGAUUUCAGUGUGAGAAUAUGAUGGAAAGAUGUUUGAAUAAAACAAUCCAUAUUAUAGAACAAACCAAUGCUACAACAUUAUGCAAAGUAAGAUAGAUGCAAUAUAGUGAGUUGGUAAAUAGCUGAAAUUAUAAAUUUUCUAUUAUUGAACGUAUAUUAUUAUGGAGCAUAUCUCCAGGUGCGUGAGGGACAGUUGACAGAUGCAUUCCGAGUAAGGAACAGAGUCGGAAAAUUCUGCCUAUUCUCUCCCUUCCUCUUCUUCUUUCUUCUGGUGGUCAACUGCAUUAUGAAGAUCUCUACAUCUGGAGGAAAACGCGGGAUACAAUGAACAGCUCGGAAUGAAUCAGAAGAUUUGGACUUCUCAAAUAACCUGGUCGUUCUAUCCCAUACACACGAACAAAUCCAUUUGAAGACAACUAAUGAAGUAGAAGCCUCAACAUCAGUAGACCUCAACAUACACAAAAGAAUAAUCAAGAUCAUCAAAUACAACACAGAGAAUACCAACCCAAUUACACUUGAUUGAGAAUCUUUGGGAGAGGUGAAUUAUUUCAGGUACCUGGACAGCAUCAUUGAUGAAUAAGGAGGAUCAAAUGCAGACGUAAAGGCGAGGAUUGUGAAAGCAGGGGCCGUAUUCCUACAAUAGAUGAGCAUAUGAAACUCAAAACAACUGUCUACCAACCAAUAUCAACUCACAAUUCUCAAUACGAACGUCAAGACAGUUCUACUGUAUGGAGCUGAUAUGAGGAGAACUACCACAACCAUCAUCAGGAAGGUUCAAGUAUUUAUAAAUAGUUGUCUACGCAAGAUACUCAACAUCCGUUAACCGGAUGACAUCAGCAGCAGUCUACUGCGAGAGAGAAUAAACCAGCUUCCAGCUGAAGAGAAAAUUAGGAAAAGAUGAUAGAAACAGAUGGGACAUACAUUACGCAAAUCACCAACCUAUAUCACGAAUCAAGCCCUAACAUGGAAUCCUGAAGGGAAACGGAAUAGAGAAAGGUCAAAUAACACAUAACGUCUAGAAUUGGAAACAGACGUGAAAAGAGUAAAUAGCAACUGGAAAGAACUGAAAAGGUUUGCCCAGGACAAAGUUUGUUGGGAGGUGCUGGUGGGAGGCUUAUGCUUCUCCACGAGGGACAGUAGGCGUAAGUAAGUAAGUAUGUAAGUCAUUAAUAUUAACAAUCCUAAACGAUCAGUAUCUUUUAAUCUUUUUUAUACAUAUAAGAGUAAUGUAGUAAGAAAAAUCGUGACACAACAUAUACUGAAUGUUUUUAAAAAAUAUUAAACGCAAAGAGGCUUUAUUCUUAAUUUUUCAGCUAAGUGAUAGUAAACCCAACUCCAGAAGAUAAGCUUCAAAAUUAACCUGGCAUACAUAUACUUAGGUGACAGAGAAAUGAGAAUUUACGCUAAUGCGGAUUGUAAGGGUAUUAUUCGAAUCACGUCAGACACACCAUAUGCCUUAAGAUUGAUACUUUUUCAUAAAAUAAAAGACAACGUCAUAUACACAAAAUACCUAAUCUUCGUAUUUAUCAUAAAUCUGUACGCCUUUCUCGUUACCCUGAGCAUCUGCUAAAUUAUAUAUCUUCUUACAAAAUUUUGAUUACUUUAAUUAAUUCCUUAUAUUUAUACUUACACAGUCAUUUGUUAUUGUCUACCUGGUAGACUAGUUCACCCGGUUAUCUUUUUACUAACUCAUAACUAUUUCUGUAGAUAACACUAAAUGUGGCUAAAUGCUGUUGAUCGACAUCACUGUUUAGUUAUUAUAAACACGAUAUUCAAGCGUAAAAUUCAAAUAACUACAUUAGACGAAUGAUAAGCAACUAACCUUAAACACGUUAUUUCACUACUCUGUCUGAAAUCAACGGUCUAAUUAUACUACUAAUAAUCAUUGUUAAAGCCAUUACAUAAGAUUGUUAUUUAAAUGAAAAUAUAAACAUCAAGUUAUUUCUUUUACGCUUUCAAAUGAUUAAUUUAUUUUUUAUUAUUGUUUUUUUUUGUUAUUUAUUUCUCAGUUCACUCCUUUCUGUUAACAAUGGGUCAGGGUAAUUAUGAUCUGACUAUUUACAUUAUGAUGUAACAUUAAUUAAAGUGAAAAUAUAUGUGUAUUAAUCAAUGCCA